AUGCUGAACUUUAGCGCGCCGGCCCAGGACGAGCUGGAGCUCGAGGCCAUGGCCGAGACGGAGCUCGGCCGACUGAAACGCCAGUACCGGAUAAUGGAGAACGACCGGCUGGCGUACGCGGAGGACGCGCGCAACCAGAUGCGCAACCAGCGCAACAUCAUCGCCAAGUACGAGCACGAGAAGGCCGAGCUGGUGCUGGCCAUCAAGGCGGCCAAGUCGCCGGGCAACGCCAAGGCCGACGAGAGCAUGAGCGAGCGCCUCGCCGGCCUACUGAGGCAACGAGGAGACUUCGUCGAGCGGAUCAAGCUCGAGCGCGACCAGAUACGCGAGAUCGACGAGCAGAUCCUCAAGCUGUCCAAGGAGGUGCACGCGCUCAGGGCCAAGGUGCGCACCGACCACCAGAUCAAGGAGGCCAGCGAGAAGCACGAGCGCACCGUCGCCAUACUCGAGAACAGGCUGGAGGUGGCGACGCAGCGCUUCAACGGCCUCGUCACGGAGAACGCCGAGCUGCGGCUCGAGAUCGACGGCCUGCUCAAGGAACGGGCCCAGUUCAACGCCAUGUGGUCGAGGCUCAACGGCCAGCUCAGCAGCGGCAAGGGCGUCAUCAACGACCUCAUCGAGCAGGCCACCAUCACCUUCAAUCAGCGCGACGAGGAGCUCAGCAAGAUCAACGCCCUCAAGGAGAGGGGCAUGCGAGACCUCAAGAGCCACACCUCGGAGAUGUGCGAGCUGCAGCGCACCAUCGACAACGAGAUGAAGCUGCAGGAGUUCCUCGGGGUCAAGGGCCAGUACCGCGAGAUGGCCGACCUCAACGUGAAGCGCGAGGCCGAGAAGGAGCAGCGCAUCAAGGAGAUGCGCGACAAGAUCGACACCUACAAUCACAUACUCAAGCUCGUGAUGAAGUUCACCGGCGAGGAGGAGAUCGACAAGCUCAUCGCCCAGUUCCUCAAGCAGGAGGAGGAGAAUUUCGCCCUCUUCAAUUACGUCAACGAGCUCAACGACGAGCUCGAGGCCCUCCAGGCGAGGGUCAACGAGCUGCGCGCGGCCAUCGACGAGGCCCGGGCCCUCAACGUGCACCGGGGCCAGCAGCAGAUCGACACCCUCGACUCGAUAGGCCGCGAGCUCAAGCAGCAGACCGAGCGCGCCGACCAAGCCGAGGACAAGCUCAAGCAGUGCAACAGACUGAUCGAGCGUCUGCUGGUGGGCAUCGACGAGCUCUUCCAGAGCAUCGGCUGCGACAACUCGCCGAUCCUCGAGCUGCUCGGCGACAACGCCAGCGUCAACAUGAACAACGUCAUGCUGUACUUGGGCAUAAUCGAGAAGCGCGUCGUCGAGAUGCUCGCCAAGAUGUACUACCUGGAUCGCUCGCAGCAUAGGGAGCCGCUCCUAAGCGAGGACCGGAAGCCCAAGCUACGGGUUCCCGACCUCCAGGAAAUAGCGCCUACCCAGCCCUGUCCGCUAUGCAUCGAGGCGGAAGAAAUGGAAAACGUGUCGGAGAGCCUGGAAAAGCCGCUGACCCUCGACGAGGUGCGGGAGAAGCUGCUGGUCCGAUUGCAGAGCGAGCACUCGCAUCUGCUGCACAACGUCUCCAAGUGUCACCUGCCGGCCGCGCGCAAGAUCAUUCAGAAGCGCUACAUGUGAUCCGAGCCGGACGAUUCCUUCUUCGGCAGUCUC